GAGAUUUAGUGAAAGAAACUGAUGUCAGAUCAGAGGUUUAGAGCAGCUUAACACUUUUGAUUUUCCUGCAGCAGGAAUGCUGUCCAAGGCUUCAUGUGACCUGUAUCGAAUCGUCCUGAUCGAAGAGCCAAAGACAUGGACAGAAGCGCAAUCGUAUUGUAGAGAGAAAUACACGGAUCUGGCGACGGUUCAGAGCGAUGAAGACAGAGCCAAACUAAAGGAGGCAGCAAAUGCUGUGAACUUUCAGUCUGUGGCCUGGAUUGGUUUCUACAGAUCCGUUUGGGGUUGGACGUAUCAAAAUACACCGAUCAGCUAUGCGAUGUGGAAACCCUUGGAGCCGGACUUGUCCAACACAAAUGAGGCCUGUGGGUUUGUAAAUCAGUUUGGACGAUGGGCUGACAGAUUAUGUACUGAGAUUGACAACUUCUUUUGCCAAACUGACAGACAGGACACACUUCAGGACAAGUUUAAGUACAUUGAAACAAGACUGAACUGGCAUGAUGCUCAAAUUUACUGCAGAACACACUACGUAGACCUGGCCACCAUUACAGACAACACAGAGAACACGUUCCUCGCUAACAUACUUUCUAGCAUGGGACGCUACAAUUCUUGGAUCGGCCUGUACAUGAUCCCAUUGGGAAACGAGGAUUGUGUGACAGCCAAUACUGAAGUACUGAUGGCUGAUGACUCCUGCUUGACUCCACUGCCUUUCUACUGCCGCGAAAACAGGAAAAUACAACGUGUGAGAUUCACAGUCAAAUCAGACGGACAUCUGGACGAAUCUGCAGUGAUGGAGGCCAUAGAGAAGAAGAUGAAGCAGAUCCUCUCCAGAUCAAGACAUGGAAAUCACAUCCAGCAUAAAAUGGGGUGGAUUGUCCAACCUGAUGGGAAAGAUCUUUAG